CUCAUUUGGAUCCUUUGAACAACCUCAACUACUAUACUACACAGACGGACAAGACGAGGCUGAGUCUAUGAACUCAGUGGGUUCCGGAAGAAUCAACACCUAACACACGCCCUGACGAGACUCGUUGACUCCAGCCUCAUUCUCAUUCCACCCAUGGCCAUACAAUAAAACAACCAAGCUCAACCAUACCUACCACCACCUCUCUCAUCCUCCCUACCUCCAUACAAGAUGCCUCCACAUUUACAUCCACGGUCGAUGGCCACGUCGACUCUAUUUGCCGGCACAUUACUUGCAUCGUUUGUGGUAGUAGGCAUUCCACAUGUUUUCCCUUGCCCGCGACCACGAACGCGGUACGCCGACUCACCACCUCAAUUUGACGAACAAGGCAAGCCUAUACCACCACAGCGAAUGAGGAGGAAACUUGUAUCUUCAUCGCCUGAAACUGUCGAUGGCGACAGCACACAGAAUUCAGCACGCCAGCCAGCAGUCAGAAGAGCGUUGACUUUGGCGCAGCAGAAGGAGCUAGAAGAGGAAGCCGUGUUGUUUAGAGAACUUCAGCGCGAGGCAGAUGCUCUAGAGAGGGAAGCAGGCGAAUGUCCUGUACCGAAACCCAGUGGUGUCAUCGGACGGUUAUUGGGUUUCACCGACAGGGCCAAGGAACAACCACAGCAGCAACAACUACAUCAGUCACAACCUCCGGUGGACCUUCAGAGGAGGAGCUAACAUGAAGUUUGGGAAUGAAAUAAAAUGAAAUAAUACUCCACCACAAUCGAGUAUGAAUCAUGGUGAUACAACAGAGAAAUAGAGGUGCAUGGAAGCUCUCUUACUAUGGUUUCUUUCCACCAUCAUUCGAGGAAAAUGGUCAGCAGUAUUUUCCUGUGUACGCAACACGAAGGCAUUAAGGAUUAUUCGAACGCUGGGAUACACAGUCUACAGCCAGCAAGAUGACUUGAGUUGAUAGGAGGAGCAAGACCUGAAUUUGCAAGCAGGCAGGCCUUUUGCCAGUGAUGCUCUCUCUCAGUCUAGAGCACUAAUGUACCCAACAAUAUUGUAC